UUUUAACAAAGCUUAUAGCUUUUUUUAGUUUUUUUUACAAAAUAAGCUUAAUUUGGUGUUUGGUUUAGCUUUUUAAGCUUAUGCUUAUUAGCUUAUAUAAGCUAAUUUUAAGAAGCUUAUUUGAAGAUGGUUUUUUAGCUUAUUUUAAGAAGCUUCUUUGUGUAAGGGCAAAUGAUAUAAAAUAAGCUAUAAGCUAAUCUAAACACUUAAAAAGAGCUUAUCAAAUGAUAGAAAAUAAGCUAUAAGCUACUUUAAAAUAUAACCAUAAGCCAAAAAAUAAAAGCCAGGCCAAACACCCCCUUCUUCAACUUCUCUGAAUCACAACAAGCGGUAUCAGUAUGAUGUAUUUUUAAGCUUCAGCGGUGAAGAUACCCGUAGGAGCUUUGUCAAUCAUCUAAACAACGCUCUUCAGGGGCACGGUAUUCGCACUUUCAAAGACGACGAGAAACUCCAAAAAGGCAAAGAGAUCAAAGACGAGCUCUUGAAGUCUAUUGAUGACUCCAGGUUCUGCAUUAUUGUUUUCUCUAAGAAGUAUGCAUCUUCGUCUUGGUGUUUGGAUGAGCUCGUAAAGAUUAUGGAACGCCACAAGACAAUCGAUCAAACUGCAUUCCCUGUUUUCUAUGAUGUGGAACCAACACAAGUCCGCAAACAAAGUGGGUCGGUUGGAGAAGCCUUUGCCAAACAUACCAAUAAGGUGGUCGUUUGGAAACCCCUUACCAAGACUGUCUUGAAAAAGGCACUUGCCAGACAUACCAAUAAAAAGCUGGGAAAAUGGAGAAAGGCUUUGAAAGAUGCAGCCAAUUUGUGUGGAUGGGACUUGAAGAACAUUGCUGAUGGACAUGAAGCAAAAGUCAUUAAAUUAAUUGUCGAGCGGGUUUCACUCGAGUUACGAUCCAUUAAUACGGGAGUUGAUGAGAAUUUAGUAGGCAUGGAACAGAGGAUGCAAGCUCUCGAUCCUUAUUUAGAGAUUGGUUUGAAUGAUGUUCGCAUGGUAGGGAUCAAGGGCAUGGGGGGUGCUGGAAAGACUACUUUGGCCCGAGCUAUUUUUGAUAAACUAUCCAUUAAUUUUGAGGGUAGAAGCUUUGUUGAAAAUGAGAGGGAAAAUGCAAAAUCUUCUUUGUCAAGUUUGAAGAAGUUGCAAGAACAAGUCCUUAGAGAUGUAACAAAUGAUAAAGGUAUUACCAUAAGCAGUGUUCAUGAAGGGACAAAGUUGAUAAAAACGAUGUUGUGUGGGAAAAAAGUUCUAGUUGUUAUCGAUGAUGUGGAUCAUAAAGACCAGCUUGAGGUGUUAGCUGGUGAGCCUAAUUGGUUUAGUCCGGGAAGUAGAAUUAUAAUUACAACGAGAGACGAGCAAGUGCUUUUAGCACACAAGAUAAAGAUGAUCAAAGAUGUUGAUCUGUUAUCGGGUGACGAAGCAAUUCGUCUCUUUAGUAAGCAUGCCUUUCGAGAAGAUAUUUCACCUCACGAGUAUGAAAAGCAAUCACUUGAUCAAGUUAUACAUUAUGCUGCUGGUCUUCCCUUAACAAUCAAAGUUCUGGGUUCAUUUCUAUGUGGCAAAAACAAGUCUGAAUGGAAAGAUGCACUAGCAAGACUCGAAACAAUCCCAUUGAAGGAAUCGCUUAAAGUAUUGGAACUAAGCUAUGAAAGUCUCGAGGAUGAUUACAAGGAAAUAUUCCUAGAUGUUGCAUGUUUCCUUAGACAUUGGACGAAAGAUAGAGCAAUAAGAGUGCUUCAAAGUUGUGGAUUUCACGAUACAAAUGGUUUAAGGGUUCUUGAGCAAAAAUCUCUAAUCAAAAUUGUAGGACCGUUUUUUGAAGGUGGAUGCAUAAGAAUGCAUGACCGUAUAGUAGAAAUGGGCGAGAAUAUUGUACAUCGUGAGCACCCGGAUGAGCCCAACAAACGUAGCCGAUUAUGGGUUAGGGAGGAAAUUGAACAUGUCUUGGCUGAUAACUCGGGUAGCGAAGCAGCAAGAUGUACAUGUCUAUAUAACGCUCCUGGUAUUGUUUUGAAAACUCUUGGAAACAUGAAGAACCUUAGAUGCCUUAUUGCAUACGAUGGAGAGUGCUAUAAUGACGAUUGUGGGAGGAUUGAUGAAGCUCAUGAAUACUUUCCAAAUUCGUUACGAUAUAUAAAGUGGUACCGAUACCCUCAUUGGUGUUUACCCAAAACAUUUGAAGCUAAUAAUCUCGUUGCACUUGAAAUAUUUCAAAGCAAAAUCAAACAACUUUGGGAAGGGAGAAAGGUAAUAUAG